UUACACUUGUACAUAUUUUUUGAAGACCAAGGUCGACGACAUCCUUCGACGCUUCGUAUUUCAGGACUCCUCUCCCACCCCCUCACCCCCCCCUCUGUCAGUGAGCAUGGCUCAGGAGACCAAUCAGACACAGGUGCCAAUGCUUUGCACUAUGGGAUGCGGUUUCUAUGGUAACCCCCGCACCAACGGCAUGUGCUCAGUCUGCUACAAGGAACACCUGCAGAGACAACAGGGCGGGGGUCGUUCCAGCCCCCCUGGUGGUGAGAAAGCUGCCACGUCUCCAGUGGGGUCUCCAGGAGCAACUGGAGUGUCGGUGGAGAGCUCGACGUCAGAGCCCAGCGUGGAGAGUUUCCCACAGCCCGAGGACAGGACACCCAGCCCCAGUUCACCCAGCCCGGUAACCCAACAAAUGACAGCGAUGAGCAUCUCCCAAGACACGGCAGCCACCGACUCGGACCGGGCAGAAGAGGACGAGGAUGAGGGCUCGUCCAAAAACACAGGGCCGGGAGGGGAGGCAGGGCAGGUGGUGUCCGACGGAGACCAGACCCCGGAUAAAAACAAGAAGAAAAACCGGUGCUUCACCUGCCGGAAGAAGGUUGGGCUGACCGGCUUCGACUGUCGCUGUGGCAACCUGUUCUGUGCCAUCCAUCGCUACUCGGACAAACACGACUGUCCCUACGACUACCGGGGCGCGGCCGCCGCCCGCAUACGCAAGGAGAACCCCAUCGUGGUGGCGGAGAAGAUCCAGAAGUUAUGAGCCAGAGCUGGAGUUGCCGCUGGAUUAACGUUCGCCCCUGACAUGUGAAUCUAGAACAAUGGCUGUGUGGAUGAUAAUAAUACCGGAGAGAAAAAAUGGCUUUCAUUCGUUGAUGAUAGGAGAGUGUGGGGUGGGGUGGGGGAGGGCUAGUUGCCCCUCUGUCCUGCAAUCCCUCUUUCUGCUUCUCUCUCCCAGAGUUACCCUGAGUGUGUGCGUGUGUGUGUGCGUGCGUGUGUGUGUGUGCGUGCGUGUGUGUGUGCGUGUGUGCGUGCGUGUGUGAGAAUAACGAAUGUGCCAGUGUGAUGGAAUCAAGACCGCAUCGUAUUAGUAGAGCACGUGUGAAAAUCCCGUGUGCGCGUGUUUGAAUGCUACGUGUCUACUGUGUGUGUGUGUGUGUACGUAACUUGAGAGUCAGGGAGAGAGCAGUAGGGGAUGGGGGGCAUUAGAUGACUCUGGGGAAGGAGGACAUUACAUUUUUACCCCUUUUUAUUGUUUUUCAAACUGGAGGAAUGGAGCUUGUUUGAGUUCAAUCUGAUCUCUGCUAGGUAGUUGUUAUCAGCAGGGGUAAGCUGUUGAAAAUCAUGGUCACAGGCUGGGGAGGGGGCUGUGUCGGCAUCAGCAGGGUCUUCAGAGAGCACGGGGGAAAAACCAAACAACAAUGUCCCAUUCCUGUCAAAUUGGCUUUUUAUUUUUUAUUUUAAUCUAUUUAUCAGGUAUAUUAUUUGUCCCUGUCCUUCCUCUCCCGUUGUGGUGGACUAAAGUUAACGUCUGUCCAACACGCACAGAGGCUUUGCAUUUUCAAGAAAUGUUUCUCUUUGAUAUAUUGACUUAUCAUAAUAAUGUUGGGUGCAUGAACAGUUAUGGGGAAGAGAGGGGUGG